AUGGCACCCUCUCAUACCCAAUUCAACGGCUCAGUCCAAAAAGACGCCGAAAUGCAAGACUACUUCACCACAAACCCGCAACCCCCAAACCUCGACCGCCAAAUCACCCUCGCCCGCACUUUCAUCAACCACCACGCCACCGCGCACCGCCGCGUAGCCCUCAUAACCUCCGGCGGCACCACCGUGCCCCUGGAAAACCAAACCGUGCGCUUCAUCGAUAAUUUCUCCGCCGGGACCCGCGGGGCGACGAGCGCGGAGUACUUCCUCGAAGCCGGAUAUGCUGUCAUCUUCCUGCAUAGACAAUUCAGUCUCCUGCCGUACUCGCGGCAUUAUUCGCACAGUACGAAUUGCUUUUUGGAUUUCAUGACGCAUUCCCCCGUCGAUGGGGCGGUGGUGGUGGAUUCGGAGUAUCAGACUCAGAUGUCGGGGGUGUUGUCCCGGUAUCGACAGGCGAAGAAGGAGAAUACGCUUCUUUUACUUCCGUUUGUGACGGUGAACGAGUACCUUUGGUUACUCAGGGGUCUGGCGAUGCAAAUGCAGCCGCUUGGUGCGAAGGGGUUGUUUUACCUGGCGGCUGCUGUCUCCGAUUUCUUCGUUCCGGCCGAGAGGAUGGUGGAGCAUAAGAUCCAGAGUUCUGAGGAUUUCCACCAGAAAUCUACGAAUGGUAAUGGUAAUGGUGCUGGUGGUGGAGAUGGUGAGCGGGCCCCAGCCGCACAUAUGGAGAAUACCCGCCUGAUCAUCGACCUCGACCCGGUCCCCAAGUUCCUGAAACUACUAGUCGACGGCUGGGCACCCCAAAGCAUGAUCAUCUCCUUCAAACUGGAAACCGACCCCUCUCUCCUCGCUAACAAAGCUCGGGGGGCAUUAGAAAAGUACUCCCACCACCUCGUCAUCGGCAACAAACUCAAUACCCGGAAAUGGGAGGUCCUGUUCGUCAGUGUCGAGGGCGGGGAGAAAUGGAUCCGGGUCCCGGCGGGGAGGAGGACGAAGAGUAUGAGUGGUGCGGUUGGGGAUGGGUUGGAGGAUGUGGAGCUGAGGGAGCCGGCGGUGGAGAUUGAGAGUCUCAUUGUGCCCGAGGUGGCGGGGAUGCAUGCGGAGUUGAUUGCUAAGUCGGAAGGUCGGAAGGUACAGUAG